GAAGGUUCAGAACCACUUUGGUUAAUCGUUCUGCUUGGGUUUGUUUGAAGGUCUUUUUACCCAGUGCAUUGGUGGUCCCGCAAGCCUUUCGCGUCCCGAAGCUUUCGCCGACGACUAUAGAUCGCGGCGCAACAGAAAAAAGGAGUGGGAAAGGAGAGUCCUUUUUGUGUUGACGUGUGUUGCUGAACCUCACGUCCGCCGCCGCUGCGAGGAAGCCAAGCCCCCCUUAGAGGAGGCUUCGGCAGUGACACCAAGUGGCUAUGUAGGGAAGUGUUCCCCUCGCACAAGAAACUACCAAGUCACAGUAUAGGAUGGCCUUCAUGGGGAGGAGCAACAGAGGGAAGGGCAAGAAGACACAUGGAACCAAUCCUGACAGGAUGGAUGGUGAGCUGUUAGCUCUUCAGUGGAUGGAGCACUCUCGCAUCUUCAGCCAUGCAAUCGGCAAUUUGCGUGGCAAGGCUGCUUACACUGAUGCCACAUUGGCAUGUGAGGGCAAGUUCUUUACGGUCCAUAAAUUUGUGCUGUCAACAUGCAGCGAGUAUUUCAAUGCCAUCUUUGAGUGGACCCCUUGUGUGAACCCAGUUGUGGUCAUAAAUAACAUAACAUGCAAGGAACUGGAGGCUCUCCUGGAUUUCAUGUACAUUGGGGAGGUGAGCGUGCGUGAGAGCCAGAUCCCUGGGGUGAUGCGCGCAGCAGAGUGCUUGCGCAUCCGGGGCCUGGCUAUGGUGGAUGAAGAGGGACUUAAGACACAUCUCUCCAACAAGAACCCCUCUGAGUUUGAGGGGCCAGCUGCCAAAAAGAGGAAACGCCAGGACUCACGCAAAAACACACCUACCACCUCUCAGGUCCACCUUCCUCCUCCUCCACUGCCUCCCCCACCAGUACCACGUCCUGCGACAGCUACCACUGUAGUGGCAACAACAUCAACACACCACUUCCCCACAGAGCAGCCCUUGCAGCCAGUGGUUGAGACACACCUCCAAGGUGCCCAUCCACAACAGCAGCACCAGCCACAGCCUUCAGCCUCACCUCGCACCCCCCAGUCCGAGCCACAGCUGACCCCUGGGCCCCACCACCAUGUCCCACACCCUCAUCACCACCAGACACAACAACAUCAGAGUCCUGUCCAGGCCACUGUUGUUCAGAACUCCCUGGUGGGAACUGUACACACUGUGCAGUCUCCCCUCAAUCCCCAGGCUCCUCACACCCCACAGGCUGCCCAUACUUCACAACCCUCCAUCUCUCAGGCCGCACACCCACAGCAUCUCACACAGGUUUACACAACCCCUUCCCACCAGCCAGCUGCAGGGGGAGUGCCUGCCCAAACUUCCUCAGCCACACAAAUAUCAGUCCCAGCUCACGUUUCAGCAGCAGGCUCAGAGACUAUUCAGGUGAAUGAGGUCACCAUUCCUCAGCCACUCAUCCCCAUCGAGAAGUUUAUCCAAGCCGUCAAGCUGGAGAUUGACACUACCAAGGAAGGGCUGGAGACACAGCAAGAAGAUGGUUCAGUUGGGAUUCCUGACCUUCUGGACAGCCUGGUGGACAUGAGGCAGAUCUAUGACACCAAAGCAGAGCCAGAGGAGAUGGGCACAUCUCACAACUCGGAAGCCAGUGAGAACCUGUAUGACUUUACUGAAGAAUAUCCUGAGACAUCCGCUUCUUCGCGAUCAGACGCUCAGUUGCCGAGGCAGAAUCAGCCGGCUGCUUCAGCACAGCCAAAGGAAGAGAAGAACAAUGUGGGCAAGUACAAGUGCCACUACUGUAACCGUGUGUGCCAGAAGAAGGAGAGCCUGACUCGCCACAUGCACACACACACCAAGCAGCCAUACACAUGCCAGCAGUGCGACUUCACAUGCAAGACAUACAAAAAUCUGUUGCAGCACAAGAAGGAAAUCCACACAGGUCUCCACAAGUGUCCAUCAUGUGAGUUCACUAGCAAUCGCCCAGACAACGUUAAGCGCCACAUGACGACCCACUCUGGCGAAAGCCCUCACAAGUGUCCACACUGCACUUUCAGUGCAAAACGGAGUCAGUACCUGGCCAAACAUAUAAAGAACAUCCACAAGAAGAAGGAGCGAGUAAAGCAGUCGCCCAGUACGUAGUGCCCCUACGCCCUCACCCUCUCCUCCUCUCUGCAAGAAUGUCCAAAAGGAACGAAAGAAUGAGAUGGAACUGACGUGUUCCUCAGGCAGCAAAGCUGGAGGGGGGAGACUAGUGUAAAUACAUCAUUUCUGACAUUUCUUAACACUGACCAGAUCCAAACGUGGGUUCAAAUGCUUUCCGUCCACCAUCUUGUCACUCGCUACUUUAUGCAAGACUCUGGAGACAAGAGGUGACCGCAUCUCGCAGUAGUAAUGGGAAAGCAAGCAGCUUCACCUAGUUUUGAUAUCAGUGUUAGCAGGUGUUGUAAACUGAUGUGAUAUUUUCCCUCUGAUUGCAGAGGAGAAACUGUAUUUUUAGAGUAAUGGCCCCAGUUGUACUAUUGUUUGAUAUGUGAAAUCUCCAUUCAGAAAUACUGAAUUCUUAAUGUGAAAGACCAAAGGGAUUAGGCUAGUAAAGCACAAAAGAGUACAAAAGCCAUUUCUAGAUAGUUGUUAUAAGUAUGAAAGAAUUGUGGUGACCUUGCACUUUUUUCCUCACUCUUUAUUCAGAGUGAAAAGGUACCUCGUAUAUAUUUUUUGUCUUCUUUUUUCAAUUGAUUGUUAUUAUUUUUAUUUAUUCUCUUCUUUAUUUCAUGUUUAUAUAUAUUUUUUUGUUAUUAAAUGGACUUGGGAUCUUUACUAGUGUGAAAAGAGGAAUGCUAUUUUUGCAUAACACGAACACAGUUACACACAAAGUUUGUAACAAUACUGCCAAAGUCUCUGUGUGAUAGCGAUACAAUUUAGCACCCCCUUCACUAGGGUCUAUGCUGGCUUGCUUCAUAUUUGAAGCCAGCAAUCUCCCCUUCGUCCUUCAUUUUAAACUUGACCCACUGCGACCCAGAACAACAGAAAGCUGUCACAGACAACCAUCCAUUGGUUUUUUACACCCUGUGAUAAGAUGAAAAAAUAUAUAUCUGUAAAAAGAAAGAUAUUAACAAAAAUCUCUAUAGAGUUUGCACAUUUCUUGCAUCUGAAUGGAUGCCUCUUUUUCUGGAAUGUGCAAGUUAGUUGUUUUAAAGCAGUUCCAUGUAUUCAUAUUUUCUUAUUGGACAUUGUGAAUGUUUGUAAAUAGGUCUAAAGUAAUUCUCUGAUUUUGGCAGCUGGAAUUGGCACUUAGGCAUAAACAUUCACAAGUACUCUCACACAAACAAAUGAACUCUUACACACAACAGUCUCUCCUCUCCUGAACUCUCUCUCCUCUGUCUCCUCUCCUCUCCCUCUUUCUCUCUUUCUCUCUCUCUCUCUUCUUUCACUCUUCC